UGGUCCCGUGACAUAGACUCUAGCCCCUCGCCAUUUCCCUUUCCUGUUAUAAUGGCCCAUGCCUUCCCUUUCAUGGCUCAGCGUAUUCUAGGGCCUGAAGCAAGUGCUGAUGCUGAAUCAUCGCCUCAAUUAUGUCUACCUGGGUGUACUUGCCAUCGUAAGCUCCAUUCUCAAUCGUCCGACGAGACUACAAUGGCAAGAGAAUUCAGCAACAUCCCCAGCCUCGAGAGCAGAUCGAGUCAAGCCGGUAGCACUCGAUCCACGGUGCCCAUACGUAUCCCAACGUCCAUGGAAAGGCGCCAAACCAUAGCGGUUACCCUCCGACGUUCAUCGCAACCUUGAUCGAUAUAUUUUUGUAAAUCAUUGCUUGAUUUUUUAUUUGUCACAAGUUUGUACCCUAUCAUGUCCCUAUC